AUGUUCCAACGUUCCAAACUAAUUGUCCGUAAGAUCAACUUACCAAGUAGUACCGUAUCCAAGAGAAUGUAUCCAGGUAAUCCAGGUGGUUCUUCCGGUUCAACCGGGACCCCAAGAGGGAGUGCUUCAGGGGACGCCUUCACCAAGAGAGAGCAAAUGAAUGAAGAUUUUUUUGCUAGACAGCAUGAAAAGGAGCAAUUAAUACGUUUGAGAGAGCAAUUAAAGAGACAGCGUAAGGAGCUUAGCGACAUGGAGUCCACCAUUAACAACAUGGAAAAGAAGUGA